AUAUGCCUAUAAUAUACCGGUACCUACGCGUAGAGUCCUCAAUCUAUGAACGGUUCUACAGCAGCUCUACCUGAUGAAAUGAAGUGUUUCAUAUGCCGAUCUAAAGGAGAGUACGGGAUCGGGAGUCGACCUGUGCCUGACGUGGGGGAAGGAGAGGUUCUGGUAAGGGUUCUGGCAGUUGGAAUAUGCGCAGGUGAUGCAAAAUGCUACGCGGGAGCUGCAAGAUACUGGGGGGAUGACAGAACUCCAUGCUACGUGGAGCCUCCCAUGAUCCAGGGACAUGAAUUUGUAGGAGAAGUCAUCAAACUUGGCCAAGGUGCAGGAGAGAUGUAUGGACUGAGCAUAGGAGACAAUGCAACUUCAGAGAACAUAGUUCCCUGCUGGAACUGUCAGCAGUGCCUGCAAGGAAGAUACCAUCUCUGUGAGGGAGAAAGAAGUCAUCCACACGUAGUUUUCAAUUCAGUGUUAAACUUUUUCAGGUGCUCCCCAUCAUGUGUAUGGCUGGCAUCAGAUAUGUCACGGUUAGCAUUGAGAGAAAGUGCAUUUGCAGAGUAUAUGAAAUUCCCAAAGGGAGCCAUAAACUACAAGGUACCAAAGAGUAUCCCAGCGUGGCAGGCAGCAUUCAUCGAGCCGCUGGCCUGCUCGGUGCAUGCAGUGGAGCUGGGUUCAGUGCAGUUCAGGGACACCGUGGUAAUCGCAGGCUGUGGGCCGCUUGGAUUGGGAAUGGUGGCUGCAGCCAAGCUAAAGAAUCCCACCUGUGUUAUUGCUCUUGAUCUCUAUGACUGGAAGCUGGAGGUGGCGAAGAAAUGUGGAGCUGAUGUGGUUCUCAAUCCUUCUCAUUGUGACGUGGUUGAAAAAGUUCGCUCCCUCACUCGUGAACAGGGCUGUGAUGCAUACAUAGAGGCCACUGGUCAUCCUCAGAGUGUCAAGCAAGGGUGAUGAUAUAUAGCACACUCGUGAAUUGUUUCUUUGUCUAACCGAUGUAUAUAUAGGAUAGAGAUGCUGAGAGUUGAAGGCAGGUUUGUAGAGUAUGGAGUUUUUGCCUCUAAUGCUUCCCUUGAUUGGUCUCUCAUAACCUCAAAUAGUUGUGCAUAAAAGGAGGUCAUCUCUCCCCCAGAUGUUACCCCAAAGCCAUCUCUAUGCUGGAGGCUAACUCUCUACCAAUGAAUGAGAUUGUGACCCACCGAUUUAGUCUUGAUGAGGUCGAGGACGGAAUAAAGCUAGUUCUUGAUGGAAAGACAUCAAUACAAGUUGUAAUUCUUCCAUAGUAGCUAUAAGAGAAUCAGGGGCACACCUGAUAGGUGAAAUUCUAGCAAACGGCAAUCUGAAAGUUUUAUACCAACAGAAACUGCACAAUUUUUAGUUAUUCUCAAUCAUGAUAGAGAACUAGAACACAGUUAGUGAGAGUGUCCAGAUAGCGAAGGUAGAUAUACCUCCAUUUAUUCUCCUGGGGACCAGGUCUGCCCGUGUGUUUGGCGUGAGCAGUCUCACACUCUGGAAAAGUCGACGCAAUGCUACCCAACAGAUUAGCAGUGUCUUCCUUGCUCAGAGCAAGCUGUUUGCAUGGUUCAACAAUUUUCUCCAAAACGUCAACAAAGAAAUCCCUAACAUCUUUGCUGUGAAUGAGUGACGUUCCAAGCAUAGUGACGGCUUUCGACGUGCUCUUGAACGAGCUCUCCAUAGUUUUGAGGGUCUGUGGAGGGAUUUUCUUGUGACGGAGGUCUUUCACGACGUACUUUAGCUGUCUGUCGAUCCACACCCGAUCGAUGAGGCUGAGUUUUAGAUCGUGGAGUUCUUGGAGGAAGUUGCGAUCUAGUUCCAGAUCGUCGUCCAUGGCGUGCGAUCCCUCAGCCCCCGCAGUCCAUCUGUCUAUCAUCUGAUUGGCACAGUAGGUCAAGUCACUGAAACUCAAAUGCGCCAGUUUCCGUUUGUUAGUCUCAAACCUAUUGUGACUGAUGAAGACAACUGAGGCAUAGUUCCUUGCGAGGUGUUCCGGGAGGAUGAACUGGGUUUUGAUGUUUUCGACUAAAGAGCCUUCGUAGUCAUCCACUACUCUCAGGAUCUGCUUGAUGUUGUCAAACUGUCGCCGACAGCUCUUCAGGGAAAUCCCCGUCUUUUCGCUGACAUCGUCCAGGUCCUUGCGGUUUCUGGUGCUCAGUUUUUUGCCGAAGAAUUCUCGAACGACCGACUCAUCGAAAGCAUAGUAAUGUUCUAUGAGAGAUUUCUUGGUGGCUGUGGGGAGCUGGACCAGGUCCUGAGUCAGGAAGGUAGGCGGGGAUUGCAAGUAGGGCUCAAGAAUCAGGAAUAUACGGAACUGGUCCACGGUCUCGUUCCUCAGUAAACGCUGGAAAUCCGGAAACUGCUUACUGGUUUCUGGUUCGGUGUCUACGCGUCGUCGGAAGGCCUCAUCGACGCUGUAGCCGCUCAACCACAGCGAAAAGACUUGCGGGUUGAUUUCCAGAGGCUCGCAAACGAAGAUUUCCAUUGUACGAAUGGGCAGCUCGUAUCUU